GUUUUGGAAGAUUGCUUCUUACGAGAGAAUGGAAGCUAGUUCUUGGUCGUCCUCUGCUUGAGGAAGACUUGCCUCGAACGCACUUGCUGCUUCUACAGACCCCACCUUCUCACCCACAACCGACGGCACCUCCACACCGCCUGCCAAGAUGGAGACGAACGCAAAGUGGCUGUGGAAGAUGACUUCGACGGAGGAGUAUUACGAGCCGUUCACCGUCAGUUACCAGCUCACCCUCGUCACGCGCGAACCUCUGCUUCAGGAACAGUUGGUCCGCGCCCUUCGUCACCUCCACAGAAAAGUACCUCUCCUGCGGGCGUGUUACGGGGAGCGACAUGGAGAGACGUGGCUCAGGGAGAUGCAGGAGGAGAUCAUAGACUUCGAGAUGGUCCCAGGUGCCAAGUCGAAUGAGCUACAUCACAAACUCCACCAAUACGAGUUCAACAGAGAGACAGGCCCCUUGUGGUGCGUCAAGCUUCGCCCCGAACGUCACUCUUCACCAGAUGGCGUCUUCAGGGAGGGCGUGUCAGGAUAUCCUCACAUGUAUACACUGUUUUUGGGUAUCAAUCAUGCCAACACUGAUGGCACUUCCAACUCCAUGAUUUGCGGCUUUCUCGUUCAGCUUCUCGACGACGUGCUGGCAGGGAAACACAUCAACGACGAGGAACAGCUUGGGGAUUUCAUACCGGACGAAAAGACGAAAUCCUUGAUAAAGAAACAAGAAGCCGAAUUAAAAGCUGAUCCUGAACUGAAGAACAAAUUGUUGAACGACUACCAGGCUCUUAAGGAAAGGCGCUCGUACAUUAACUCGGUUUUCCAGGGAGUCGGAGAGAAGGAAGGAAGGUCAGUCAUCUUGACACAGAACUUGGACGCAGAAACUACCACCGCCUUCAUCAAGCGUUGCCGCGCAGAGGGCGUCACCGUCAACUCUGGUUACACAGCGAUUGCCAGCCUUGCGAUGGUGGAUCUCCUGGUGGACGAGGGCUUUGAGAAGGACUCGUACAACAUCCGCAGCGCCCACGUCCUCAACGCCCGUCGCUACUGGGAGGAGGGCACACCGAAGUACCUUGGCUGUCACCUCCUGCCGUUCAUGAUAGCGGCGGUGGAGACGCCUCGGGACGCUGGGAAAGGCAUUUGGAAGUACGCGAAGUCCGUGCACGAGGAACUCCAGCGAAAAAUCAGAAGCAAAACGCCUCUACAGGAAGAGGUAGUGAAACAGCUCGUGCCCAAGAACCCAGACUUCGAUCCCUGGUUCGAGUUCGAGUUCUGCGUCACCAACAUGGGCGACGUGACCAAGAUGGUGACGGAGGGCGGCGACCACGUGCAGGUCGUCCACAUCCUCAGAACAGCGGCUGUCCACGGCGUCCCUUCUCCGUCCAUACACUUCAUGCACACUUUCCGUGGCUGUCUCGCGAACGCCCUGGUCUACAACACCUCGUUCCUCACCUCACAAAUGGCGGAAAAGUUUUCUGAAAGGAUUCUGCAUCAUCUUCAUGCAUCACUAUAAAGAAACGUAAUAUGCAAAUUUUAUAUUUAAUUUUAGGUUGACAGUAAAAGAUAUACGUAGAUUUUGCUGACGGGUAAAGUUAAUGAAAUAAUACAUAUAUUCGUGUGUGUUUAUCUAUAUCUAUAUAUGUAUCUGUCUAUACAUCUGUGUCUAUCAUACUUAUCGCUCGUAAAUAGAUUCACUUCAAUAUCACACGUUCUUGUGAUAUUGAAGUGAAACGUGAGAAACUGCAGCAUCUCUGUGGGAAAACCACGUUGCCCCUGGUUGUACAAGACACAUUUAAUGAAUAAUGUAUUGUAAUUGGUUUUACUCUUGUUAUACGUAUAUUUGUUAUUGUAUUGCUUUUUAUCAUUUCAUUCUAGUUUUUCUUUUACUCGAGAGCAUAACCCGUCCCUCUGGAUUAAGCAAGCAUAAUUUUAACCUAUUCAUUUUAGAGUUGAAAGAUUUCUUAAUUCACUUUUAUCCCCCAAACUAGGAACGAAUAAGUCCAUUUUAAGAAAGAUCAAGGGAGCUUAACAGGGGGGAAGAUACCACCUUCUAUAGUAAUGACCUUUCUUGACCUCACAGCCGCGUAGACCCGGCAUUGAUGUUCAGAAAUGGUCGUUAUUCUAAGUCUUUGAUUAUUGUGUAUUUUUCACAACCCUAUUUCUGUUCACACACACAUAUACAAAGAAACACACACAUAUACAAACAAACACACAUAUACAAACAGUGAAGUCUUCAAAGCAAACUUUUAACAUUUUCGAUUUUUCAAAAAUGUAUUUCUUAUUAUACUUUAGGAAGUUCCUAGUAGUUGUAAACCGAAUUAAAUAUUUCAUGUUUAAGAUUACCCAAUAUUCACACCCUCAGUUUAAAAGACAAAGUGAUCAAGAUAAGAUCAAGAUAUGAUAUGCCUUGCUUAAAACAAUAAAUAAAAUUCAAAUUGUAAUGAUAUGACGUAUCCCUUAAGCUAAAAUGCUAAAGGUAUUUGUAGAAUAAGCCCCUACUAUAACAAGUAUUACAAAGGUGAUUCAGUUGUAUCAUUGUAUGAAAAAAACGUGAAAAAUAAUUAAAAUCACUGUUUCUGAAAUAAUGGGAUAUACUCCGAUUUGUUCUCCUAGAAGUGGUCUGUAAAUUUCACGCUAAUUCAAGGAUUAAACCACUUCCUUAGACCGAGGCUUUUGGCUAAAACAACAAAGGUUUCAUUUGAGAAA